ACACCUUGCAAGAAACCUUUCGAGAUUUUUACCUUCGUGGACUUUAAACAUUUUUUUGCGAUGACUAAGUUACUAGUUUUUCUACUUUUGGUCACCUUUGCUGUUGCAGUAUUGUCUGCCCGAGAUGACGAUGGUUCCUAUCAAGAAGGAGGAACAUAUCAACAGCAGGGUGAUUCACAUCAAGCUAAGUGCGCAAGACUCCUAGUUGGCGACCGAAGAGAUCCCGCUCCUGAAGAUGCGAACAAUUGUUUACACGAAUGCGUGAUUUACAAGAAAUACGUCGGAGGAUACCGCGAAAAUGGCGCUUGUCGUUGCUGUUAA